UGUGCAAUAUGGUGUAAAUUGACAUAAACAUCAUUUUGUAAUACUCAUUUACUUCGCUUAGUGUGAAAUUCAAUAAAGAAAGAAAUACAGUAAAAGGAGUUAUAAAUCUUUUUUAAAACAUGGGUGCUAAAAAAGCUCCAUCGACUUCAACAAAACAACAAAACAAUUCCGCUGGUGUUGUGAAAAAAGUUACCACAGCAAAACAGAGAGAAAUUGAUAUUAAAACUUUAAAAGAGAAAGAAAAGUUGAAUUUGACGUCGGCUGAUGCCAAAAAAUUAGUAUCUGACAUUAAAGUAGUGGCGUCAACAAGUAACAGUAAUAAGAAAACAUCAACAAAACAAAUAGUUAAUAAUGUGAAGGUAAUAUCGACAAAUAAGGAAGCUAUCAAAAAAUCUCAAAAUAUGACAACCGGAGUUGUUAAAAACAAUAAGAGUCGAGAUAAUUCAAAGGAUAAUAGCGAUAAAAAUAACAUAGCCAAGAAGCAGCAACAAAUAGCAUCACCAGUAAAAACAACAACAUCAACAACAUUAAAUAAUAUUAAAGUGAAUAAAACUCUUAACGGAGAACAUGAAAAAUCAAAUGAAAAUAAAUCAAAUCAUAUCAUUAAGGAUAACAAGAUAAAUGUCAAAAAUGAAGAUGUGAAAUCAAAUACUAAUUUGAAUUGCAUUGAAGAGAAUAAAAAGGAUACAGAGAAAUCUAUCACAAAUCUCUUAUCGAUUAAAUCAACAUGUGAGAAUGCAAUGACAUCAAAAGUUAAAUUAAAUAAAAAAGAUGGUGAUAAGAGCAGUAAAUUAAGUGCAUCAACGAUUACUAAUUUAAAGAAAGUGAACAAUAAAAGCGAAGAAAAGAAUAGUAAAAAGAAUGCUGACAAAACAAAAUCAAAAGUUCUUAAAAAGGAAACGUUGAACAAUGAGAAGGAUAAUAAGUUGAAAAUAUCGAAUGAACUGAAGAACUUGGGAAUUGAGAUGACAACAUCAAAUUCAUCCUUCGACAGUAUUCAAGAGGGUUUAUCAAGUGAUUUAAAGACAUCCAUUUGUGAAAUGGUAAAACUCAAAAAAGCGAGACAUUGUCCAAAUUCAGCAAAUAACACUUUACAGCAAACCAAGUGUUCGACUCAAUCAACUGCAAACUAUGUUACUGACAUGUAUGUUAAAAGUCAAGAGAGGGUAGAAGCUAAAGAUUCUCAGGAAAAAGCUGUAAAAAAGAAUGAGCCAAAAUCAAAAACUUUAGAAAAAUCAACAUUAAAUGUGCAAUUGAAAUCAAAAGAAAAAGAGGAGAAGAAAUGUGAUGACAUAGAAAAAUCCAAAGAUGAAAAUACUCAUACUGAUAGUUUACAAAAGUCAGGAGAAAAGAAAAUAAUAGAUGAAAGUAAAAAUAUUGAAACAACAAACAAAUUUAAUAAUUCAGAAAAUAUGAAGCCUGUAAAAAGAAAAUACAUCAAAAAGAAAAAAACGGAAAAUGAGUCAGAGAACAAGGUUAUUGAUGAUGAAACUAAGGAAAGUGACGGAACAAGAAAUUCUGAGAAACCAAGUGAAAAUAAAUCGAAUUUAUUAAAUAUAUCUAGCACAAAAUUUAUUGAUAUUGAGAAGAAAUCAAAUAUUGAAUCCAAAGAAGAGAUAAAGGAUGAUAAAGCUUUGGAAACUGAAAAGAACAAUAAGAAUAAAGAUGUGAAAAAUGAAUCAAAUGAAAAGUCUAUUGCAAAGAUUCAAAAGCAAACAAAUAAAUCAAGUGAAAGUUUAAAUGCUUCCACUCCUAAAAAGAUUAAAAGUCUAGAAAAUGUUUCUAGAAAAGUUAAUAGUAUUAGCAUAAAUCGUAGCACUGAAAAUGUUAGUAAAGAAAUCAAAAGAAAAUAUACUAAGAAAGGUAACUCUACCACUCAACAGUAUAAUCAAUCAAACUCUGUCGAUAAUUCUUCAAAUAAUCAAUCAAUAAAUGUUGACUUGAAUAAUAAAAAAACGGAAAUUGUCAAAAAUUUGACUACAAAUUCUCAAAAAGAAAAAUCUCAAAAUGCUUUUGAAAAACCGACGAAAGAUACUGCCACUAAUAUUAAGGAUAAUAUAACUAAGGAGAACCAGCAAACCGUUAAAAAUAAUGAGUCUAAAAAAGUAGACACUAAGAAAUCUUCUGACAGUGUGAAUAAAUCACAUCCGAAUAAAAAUAACAAUGCGAAAGUAAAAGUGGAGGGAAAGAAGUUCACAGUAAAUCAGAAAAAGGAAAAGGCAACCUCUUCAAAAAAGAAAAAGCAUGAUAUUGAAGAAAAAGAUCCUCUUCGCAUAAGUACAAGUGAGAGUGAAAGUUCUUCAGAAAAUUCUGAUUCUGAUAUGGAACUGUCAGAUGACAUUUUUAAAAAACCCUUGAAGCCAAAAAGUCAACAAGCAAAUCGUAAUAAAAAUGUAAAACAGAUUGAAGUCAUUAAACAAACACGAGUCGCAUCACUGAAUGCCAUUGCAAAAGUACAUUGUUUAUAUGAGAACGAAGCGCGUUCACAUUAUGAUUCUGCUUUUUUUAAAAACACUAAGAAACCAACUACUAUCAUAUGUAAAGUAUCAAGUGAAGAUGAAGACGAUGAAAGUGAUAGUAAAGAAACAGAAUGUACUCAAAAGCGGUCAUUACGAACAGCACCAGGCCUACGUGCAAUCGGAAAACAUUGGGAAAUGGAUAGUAUGAGUUCGGAUAUUGAUUCUGAUUCAGACAUAUCUCAAAAAGCUGUUAAAGGAACAAAAAAAUCUAAAUCAAUGACAAAAACUUCUUCAUUGAAAGCACAAGAAGCAAAACAGCGAUCCAAACAAGGUUUAAAAUUAAAUUCUAAAAUGAAAAAUCAAAUUAGGAAAACAUUCAAACAAUCUCCAAAAACAAUAAAGGCUUCCGACCAUUUACAAAGAGACUCUGAUAAAGAUACUGAAAGGAAAAAACAAAAAGUUUCUCCUGUGUCAAAAAAGCCGGCAGCUGUUGCAAAGAAAUCGAACGGAUCUAUUAAGCGAAAGAAAGCAAAAGAUGAGGACAAAAACAGCGAAAAGAAUGUUGUAACAAAGAAGCGAAUGGCAAGCUUGAAUGCAAGUGCAAUUUUGGCUGCGAGUUAUGAGAUUGAGAACUAUGCCGCUAAGCAUGAUUCUUCGACAACGGAAACGUCCGAAGAAAGCGACAAUGAAGAAGAGGAUGAAAAAGAAGUGAUUGAGCCACCAACGUUGAAAAAAGAAAAGAAAGAUGUUAAAAUGGAAUCUACUGAGGAGACACGUCCAAAAUCGACAACAAAUUUGGUGAAAAUCGAUACUGACGUGACCAUUACUGGAGUUUAUGUAAAUACAGCAUUGGUAAGCAGCCAAGAAACAAUUUGCAAAACUCUUAAAUAUCGAACAGCAUAUAGUGUUACUGAAGAAUGUGUCGUGUCUCGACCUCCCACACAAGAACCACCAAAAUCAUAUACUCCUUUAUCAGCACUAACAAAUAUGCGUCCACCUGGAGGACAAAUUCAAACGGAUCAAUGUAUGAUUUCUCCAUCUGAGCAAUAUCAACCCCAAAUACCGCAACAGCCGCUUCAACCACAAAUGUAUGAUCCACAUAUGGCACCAUAUCAAUAUCAAUAUCCACCUCCACCUCCAAGUCAUCCGAUGCCAAGUACAUCAAGUGCAUUUUAUCCACCACAACCAGUUCACAGAGAUCCAAUGGGAUAUUAUCAACCGGCAGGACCAUUAUUGUCACCUCAUUUACUACCACCCCCGCCAUCAAUAGAAGGUGAUCAAUCACAACAAGCACUGUCUGGAAAUGGAACAGGAGACAAUGUUGAUCCGGAUGUUAUGAUAACAGAUGCUCAUCAGUAUCACAGUGCGAGUUGUCCUUGUCCAAUGCAGUCGUGUCAGUCAAAAAACGUCCAUACUGGCACUGGGCCAACUAAGGCGAAAGGCCCAGUGUCAGCUUGUAAUGGAAUGGCCGAAACACUUCCAAAGAUAGCAUCUCAUUCAAAUGGUAGUGUACAGCCAACAAUAUCGUGUAAAGUAGAAAAUAUUUUAUCGCCAAAUUUGGUAAUCAAACCCGAAAAUGACAAACUAAACGAAGGAACAGUAAAUCAAAACAGGUCAAAAUCACACGAGCUUUAUGAAAACAUUAUACAUUCGCAUGAACCAACGAUGACAUAUUCAAUGAAUACAAAAUUAUUAGAUACGCCAGACCUUUCGCCAAGUCCUUCUCGUGGCUCUAUAGGCAUACAACAAAUACCGAUAGUCCAACAUGAUACCGCAGUACAACCAAAGGAUAGUAACCUUAAUAGUGAUAAUACUAUUUUAAGCCAUAGAAAGCAAGCACGCAUAGGAAAAUCUAUGGAACGUGAUAGACAACUACAGCAACAACAAGCAGUACCUACCGGAUAUCACAAUCAUCAUCAUCAUCAUCAUCACCAUCAUCAUCAUAUAAAUCAGACUAUGAUCAAUAACGAUGCAAGUACUUUAGUGGAUUUGCCACAAUUUAAGCAAGAAUAUCCUGUGAAGAAAGAGCGUGAUGUGAAGAAAGAAAAAGACUGUGACGAAAUUACAAUGACAAAUUUUAGUCAUUCGAGCGCAGCAAAUAUUAAAGUCGAGAGACCUGAAAAUGAAAAUCACCGAGAAGCAUCCUCAGGUAUUUUGAAAACGACAACAAACAAUAACAGAAAUGAGACGCCACCAAUAGUGCAAAAUGAAAUUUCAUCUGAAAACGAUAUAGUGACAGUCAAUUUAGUAAAUGAAAGCAGUGAUGAAUGUGGCAUUGAUUAUUCAAUAAAACGUAAGCAUAUUUAUAGUGAUGAUGUGAUAGAAUUGAGUGAUAAUUCGACAUUGGAUCCACCAACAAUGCCAGUUAAAAGAAGAAAACUUCUAGAGAAGCCGAUAAAUACACCGAAAAAAUCUCCUCCAAAUAGCUAUAAGAGCUUAAUAAAACAAAGUAAUUCCACUCCAACAACAUCAGCCUCAAAUGAAACAGAAACUGUUUCAGAAAUAACGAUUACACCAGCAGUAACAACAUCCCUCUUAAUAACACCAUCGGAAGGAGCAACAGCGACAACAUUAAUUCCAUCAAAUAUAAAUAGAAUCUUAAAUAAAUCGACCAUAAAACGUAGAAACAUUCUUAAAUCGAAAUCUACUUUUAAGACAAUGAGAUUUACAGCAAAGGCAAAAAGGCGAGCAUUGCUUAAAAAGAAACAACAAUUGCUUCAACAGAGGAAAAAGGCAAUGACAAUAAAUUUGAAAUCACAACAGGAAAGAACAUCUGCUAAAAUGACGUCAUCUAUUAAUGAGAAUGAUGAAAUUAUUGAAAGUAAUAAUAAUCAUAGCACAAGUACGAAUAAUUGUUCAAUUUCAGAAACUACUCAGCUACUUGAGGAUGACAAUGACAAUUCAUCAUCAGCGAUGACGAUUGAAGAAGAAAAGUCUCUCGACAUUUGUGAACAAGCGUCGAAUGAGAUGAGUGAAAAUAAUGAGGAUAAAUCAAUGGAUGGGAGCAGUGAAUAUUCUGGAAAAUCUAAUAUUGAUCUUACCAUUGAUCGUGUGGCGAAAGGAUAUUUCUCUGAGUCGGAAAUCUUUUCAAGUCUCUCGAAACAUCGUAAGACAAAAAGCCAAAAGAGAUUUGAAGCAAGACUUUUGGUUUUAUGUGCAAAAGAGAAGAAGAAAAGAAACAAGGAAAAGAUUCAAAACAAUAAUGGCAGCAACAGUAGUGGUAAAGAUAAAAGUCUCAAUGUGCCAGAAAAAGGCAAGGAUAAAUCAAAGAAGAAAAACACAAAAGUCAAUAAAGCGAUUCCGCAGCAAACAGAAAAUACGACUGAUGUCGUUGUCAUUAAAUCCCCUGCACAAAGUACAAUAAUUGAAGCAAAAGAAAUACAACCCAACAAUAAAAAUAAUAAUAUUAAUAAUGAUACUUGUAACAAAAAGACUUCAUUAAAAAAACCGAAAAAGACUAAAGCCAAAGAGCCAAAAGAGGUUGAUAAUAAGGAACCGAUUAAAGAGAGGAAGAAGACAAUAGCUCCCAAGAAAAAAGCUAAGGAAGCUCCAAAAAAUAGCACUGAAAAGGAAUCAUUGAAAGUUAACACUGAAGAAACUCCUUUAUCGCAGUCUACAUUAAAGAAGAAACAGAAAGUAGCAACACCGAAGAAGGGAUGUACAACGAAGAAAGCAAAAACGAAUAAUGAAAAUGAUAAAGUUAUAAUUGAGCCAUCAACGAAUGAAAAUGAUGUUGAUGCUAAUGACGAUAAAACUAUUGAGUCAAAAGAUGAAGCAUCUACAACAACCCUUAUCAGCUCGACACCUACUACGGUGAAGACAAAUAUACCGGUUGUUAUUGAUGAAACGGAUGUGGCCAACAACAAUAAUGAGUGCUUUGAGAACAACAAUAAGAAACAACAGGAGCCAUUAACUUUGUACAAGACUCCAGGCUUCGGUUGGACAACUGCACUUGUAAAAGCAUCACGGAGAGGAAAGAAACCAAAAUAUACUAACCGAAAGAAAGUGAAAUUAACUUUACCUAAUGACAUUAUAAUUCCCAAAAGUACAUCAAUUCCACGUUGGAGUAAUGGAUGGGUAUGGGAAGGUGAACCAUAUCAAGCUUUAGUAUUUUUAAAUAGCGAUGAUCCGCCUGUUCCAAGAACGUGCUACGAUUCAAUGCGUCACGAGGAAUGUGGGGAUAAGAUAAAACCACGUGACUGUGUGCUCCUUCGUGCUGGAGGUAAACGCAAUGAACUACCUUAUGUUGCAAAAGUUGCUCAGUUAUGGGAGAAUCCAGAAGAUGGCGAAAUGAUGAUGUCAUUAUUUUGGUAUUAUCGACCAGAACAUACUGAACAAGGGAGACAAAAUGCUGACGCAAUUGACGAAGUUUUUGCGUCACGCCAUAAAGAUCACAAUAGCGUCGCUUGUAUUGAGGAUAAAUGCUACGUAAUUACGUACAAUGAAUAUUGCAGAUAUCGCAAGAUGCUGAGGUCUAUAGAGGAAAAUAUUGAAGAAUCAAUAUCAUUAGUACCCAAACUCCAUGCUGAUCGUCGUUCAGUGCCUCCUCCCAAUACUUCGCCAGAACUUGUCAUGUUUUGUCGUCGAGUUUACGACUUUCGUGGAAAACGUUUAAUGGAUGAUAAGAAGAAAAAGUAAAAUGGCAAACAUACACAUAUCCUAAAUCAUCAGCAUUAGUUUUACGUUCCAAUUUAACAGUUUAAUUUCAAAGUCUUGAUUUUUGAAUGGAAACUUAUGAGCAGAAAUGAAGAAUAACCUAUUUAACGUGUAUAUUGGUCCCUUACGAUAUAUAUUGAUAUGGCAUUCAUGGAACCUCAGUAGUAUCAAAGGUGAUAAUUUAACAAUACAAUUAUUGUAUGGAUUAUUAAAGUUUUAUGUUGCAAAAAAAAACAUAAAUAAAUAAUAUUAAGUUCCAAAAUGGCUACUUCUUUUCGAUUAAAUCCUUUUAAUAAUAUACAAAAUUAAUUGUUAUGUAUUUGUUGUAGCUCCAUAAAUCUUUUUAUUGUAAUAAUAAAAAGUUUGAAAAAAAAAAUUUAUUGAGAAAAUCAAUGUGCAUUAAGCAUAAAUUAUUAAGAAAUUAGUUAACCCAGUUUUCAAUUACAAUUAUAUGAACGUAUAUAGAUCUAGUCCUUAAUUUAUUUUCUCGUCUUUUUAAUUUCCAAAUAAUAAACUAGGUAAUAUUUAUAUUGUAUUAAUAUUAUUAAUUACGUUACUUAAGGAUUUUGCAUUUUCAAGGCAUGCAAAUGAAAUCAAAAACUGUAAGCAAACACCAUUUAUUUAAAUGAGAUAGAACAAUGUAAACAUGCAGAUGAAUUGACAAUAAGAUUCUUCUUUCCUUUAUUUAUAAGAAUUAUCUAUGUCAUAAUCUGCGAUUGCAUUGUAAGAAUUAAUUUAAAUACCAAGUUAAAAAAUGUAAUAUGUAAAUUCUUAAAAUUAUUUCAUCUUAUCUCGUCAUUGAACAUUUAAUUUCUUUAAGUUUAUGCUACUUUACCAAAAAAUUAACCAUAGAUUCUCUCUUAUUAUAAGUUAUUUUUAAGUCUUUUUUUUUGCUCCUACAUCAUCUUGCUCCCGUACUAAGAUGUUCAUUAGUUCUUAUUAAUAAUUUAUUACACAAAUUUUAUUUUUUAAAAGUUAAUGCAAUUACAUGCAGUGCUUGAUAAUACCUAACUUAUAAAAUCCAUGAAAAAACAAACGAAUUGAACCUUUUUAUACUUGAAAAAAUUAUUGUUUUCACAUUGUUUGAUAUCUUCCAAUUUUUUAUUUUCCCAAACGAUUUUGAUCUUACAAAUAAUUCAAAAAAACUAUUUUAAAAUUUACUCACGAAUAUUUUCAAGAAAAAAUUUGUAACCAAUUUCGGUAUUAACUACUCCUUUCUUACAUCUCAUUUUUAAAUAUUUAUAUUGUAUAUAUUAUUGGGCAAGCAUGUGACUUUAUUAGCUGUGUAAUUUUAUUAAUGAUUAUUCAUGAAAUUUCCUUGCCUAGUUUUAAAUUCAUCUUCUGAUUAAUUCUUAAGCACAAACAAAACAGCCAAAACUUUUUUGAAAUAAUUAAAUUAAGCACUUAGUGAAUGUAUGAUAAAUAAUUCUUAUAAUUGAGUAAUAUAUAAAAAAUAAUUACCUAUAUUGUUCUGAAAACGUUAAGUUAUUAAAUUGACAAAAUAUUUUGUUGUACAUAUGACAUACAUAAAAUUUACCUGCAGAGUUAUAACUACGUACUUUUAUUGUGACUCCUUUUAUUCUUAUUCGAUAAUAGAUUAUCGAAACUAUAUGUUAUAUUAAACUACAAUAUCGUUACUUUUAUUAUUACUAUGAAAUGUGUUUAAUUGUCAAACAUUAAAGAAUACAACAAUUAUAAAUAUUGAGGAUACACAAUUAACAAAAGGGUAACUCUAAAAAGAAGUUAAAAAAAUUAAUAAAAAAUAUAUAAUGUUGUGAAAGAAAAGAAGAGAUAAAUGGAAAAUAAAUCAUUGAGAUAAAUAAAAAGUACCUUAAUAAUGGCAUGUUGGAAUAAUUCUGUAGUAUUCUUGACACGAAGGAAGAUAAACUUAUUGAAAGUUGUUUAAGUUAUUGAAAAAUUUAAUUUUUUCGAUCUGCUAAUGAUAUUCCUUUAGAUAGUCCUCAUUAAAGACAAGAUCUACUGGACAAAAUUAAAAUAAAAAUUUUAAAAAGCAUUCAACAAGUCAAAUUUUAAAUAAUUCUGGUAAAAAAAACAUUUGAAUUUAAAAGCUAAUGUUGUUUACGACUAUAACUAUUGUUUUUGUGUAUUGAUGAUAUAUUUUUUGAUAGCAAUCCGACUUUAUGAAAAUUGACCAAAAUCUUAAAAACCAACUGGCUCAAAACUUAAACAUACAAAAACUGUUCAAUGCACUUCCAACAUGCUCAUAAUAUCAGUUGAAAACAACAUUCAUUAAACUUUUGGCAGUAAAUCAAUGAUGAAUGUCGACCAUUUAAAUCUCAAAUAAUUAAUUAACAAGAUUGAUUAAUUAAGUAAUAAACAAAAAGGGAACACAAUAUGACAUAAUAUUAAAAUCUACAAACUAGUUACUGACUUAAAACGAAUGAAUUUGUUAAUGAAACUUAAGCAUUCCAAAAAAAAAAAACUCUUUAAAAAAUUAAAAUUUACAGUCACAUUAAGAUAAUCAAAAUAUUUUACAAGAGAACAUUAGAGAAAGGAUCAAAGAAAUUAAAUUGGAACCAGAAUGUGGUGUCUUCUACAUCAGAUAAAAAAAUUUCUGAACCUAAUCGAUCCCUCAAACUGAAAUAGGAGAGAAUUUUGUGCUAUAAUUUUUAUCGUAUUUAAUUUGAACUGUUUAUAAUUUUAGAUUUUUAGAGUAGAAUAGUGCCUUUAUGAUUUUUUGUUUGUCUUUAAUGCUCUUAAUUGAGUAUGGAGGGAGAUAUUGAAAAUUAAAAAAAAAAUGAUAUUCUGAUGAUGAUGAAAAUGAAGAACUAAUAUUAUGAAAUAAAAACAAAUUGUAUGAUUCAAGCUACUCAUUUGAAAUUAUACAAAAAGUAGUCAACAUUAAAAACAGGCUAAAAAUAAAUUAUAUAAAAUGAUAAAUAA